UGACUGGCUGCCACCCGCAGGCUAGAAAUAAGACUGCGCUGACAAAACCGCUGCACGCACCCCACAGCUGCACAUUGACAAUUAAAAAGCAACGGCGGUUGAUAGUCAAUGAGAUCACGGUGAAGUUUGCCGACCGGAUUACUUUCUUUAUUCUGGGCAGCUAAUUACACAUCAAUGAAUUUUAAACGGACAUUGGCUUUGACGUAUUAAGAACAACAAAUGCUGUGUCUGAGAGAUUCAGGGGACUGCCUUCGAGAGCAGAUGCAGUGCAUGAUGAGGUCCCUGCAGGACCUGAAGCAAAUCCGGGGGGGCUGUGCGCUCCCCAGCCGCCCCCUUGCAGCGGUACGGCCCUGCCCACCGAGGGGCCCGGCCCGCGAACGUCUGACCCGCCUGCGCAUCUCGGACGCCAGCGAGGCCAGCACCUACGACUCGGCCUGCUGCCUGGCCAGCCCCAUGGAGGAAGAGGAGGACGACGAGGAGGAGCGAGAGGGCCGGCUGGCGCUGGGGUCCCCCAGCAGCGAGAAGAGCGUGGACUUCGAUUCGGGGUACUCGGAGGCUUCCUGGCAGGACGAGGGGGUGGUGCUGCGGCGGACCAGGAACGUCCGAGUCUCCUCCAGCGCCUGUCUCCGCACCAACCGUGGAACCAGCGGCCGGGUGCGCCCCAAAUCUACCUCGGACGCUUGCCUGGAGCGCUGGACCUCCUUCGAGGCCAGCGACCCCGAGGACUGGACCACGUCCCUCCUGACCCGAGGGCGGAACCGCCAACCUCUGGUGCUGGGAGACAACAGCUUUGCUGACCUCAUCAAGAACUGGAUGGAUCUACCCGAUUUUCCGGAACCGGCAGAACCAAAGCCCAACGCCAGCCGCCGCGUGGCCAAGGACUUUUUGGUGAACUUGAGACGGAAAUUUGCGGGAAUGUCGAAAGGUGUGGAGUGCCGGACGAAAUCGGAUUCCUCUCGGGUAAACAGGACUGCCGCUGCCCCAAAGCGCCUCUCCUGCCCUGUGGGCUUCCAGCCAAGGCCCCCGUUCUUCCACCAGUCCCACACUGGCCUACAUGAACUGGGCACAGACUUCUACCAGUUCACCGCACUGAUGAAGACUGGCAGUCGGCAGCCAAUCAUCUGUAAUGACAUUAUUGGGUAUAUCUGACUGAUGCCAUGGCAAUGAACUCUUUUUGGUUUUGUGCAAGGACACUGUUAAUAUAAACGGUAUUAUUAUUAUUAUUAUUUUUACAGGUGGUGUAUAUAAUGAUGCUAUAUAUUUGUUGAUACAAUAAAAUGUGUUUUUUCAUAAAGGAAA